CACACCUCUUUCAACCUUUGCACAUCGUGACUCCAUUUCACAGACAAAACAAAUCUAGGUAAUGCUGCAGUGAAAUGUGAGUUCUGAGAGAGAGAGAGAGUGAAGCAGCUGAAGCCAGAGAGGUCUGCAGGGACAUGAGAACAGAUGCUCAUUUGACUGCAGCAAGAGGAUUGUGAGUUACAUAUCAUCCCUUACAUGGGCGAAUAAUGUCACCACCCUUGACUUGUCACUGAACCAAACAGCACCAUCACUCAACCUUGCCACCUAGUGGAGCUCUGGAGGUUUGACCCCCAUGUGGUCAAGAUAAAUCUCCCAGACAACUACCUCCCCCAGCUGGGAAAAGACCUGCUCUGCACUGCUAGUCAAUCCCCAUUCACAUUUUGCCCAAGGACAACAUUACGCCAAACCAGUUUGAGCAUUACUAACUGUUGGAUGUGAAGGAAAUAAAAUGUCCACCCCAGCCUGAAUUACAGGAAUUCAAGAACUCGUUUCAGUGCCAGCUGGAGCUUGUGGAGCGAGCCAGCGGUUAACCGGGUCAAAGAGACUGUAUUUGGGUGACAAACCAUGGUACUGUACUUCCCACACACUGACUUUCUGUUUUCAGCUGGGAACUUGCAUGCACCCAUGAUCCAUGGUUUCUUGGAGUGAAUGGUGCCCCUGUUGAAGAGACACGUCUCCUCCAAAAACAGAGUGAGCCACACAGAAGAAGUCAUCCCCUCAAAAUAGAUUACCCAAACAAGAGCCAGAUGGAAUCAUCAUCAAAUGACACACUUCCUGCAACUAUCCGUACAACAACCCAAAAUGACACGCUGAGCCAGCCAAGCAAACCCACCAGCCAAAACUGGGAGUUCCUGGUGGCCGUCCUGGUUACAGCCAUCUCCAUCUCCAUCCUCAUCGCCCUCCUGGCUAAAUGCCAGGUGGUUCGACGCUACCUGGCCAGCUACAGGCACACCCGGCUGAGGGAGGGAGACAACAUUAGCCAAUGUGAUCCCUCGGGCAUGGAUGUGGAAUUUGCCAUGCAUCAGGGAUGUGGAAUGAACCCCCACUCUAUCCCGCAUAUGAGUGAGGAUGAUGAUGAUGGCUUCAUUGAGGAUAACUACAUCCAGCCCAGUGAGAGAGAGAGGGCUGAGAGAGCAGCAGAGGACAUGGGGGACACUGAGGAAGAGGACGAAGAAAUGGAUGAUGAUGAAUUCACCAUCGCUUAGGGGGGAGUCCCAUAUGUUACCACUGGCUUCGUAUUGUUUGUCUGCUCUGGCCCUGUGAAUCACCAGUUAUCCACUCCUACUUUUUAAAAUUUCCUUCUUAAGUUAAAUGCAAAUUAUGGAUGGAGAGAUGUCAGUUGGGAAAUUGGUGGAAAAUUUGAAACUUUCCAAAAAGCGGCUAAGUUUAAGAAAAGGAAAGACAUUUGAAAGUCAGUGCUCAGAACCAAAUGUUAUGGCAAAGUAGCACUGAUAACUUCAAGCAACAUGGAUUAUUAUGGAAAUAGUUCUCAAGGUGCAGUCUGAAGACCGCUCAAAGUCCUUGAAAGAUUUUUUUUUUUUUUUUUUUAGGAAAAGGAAUAAAAUUAAUUUUGCACUUGUUUCAUUUAGUUGGCAGCACAGAAGAGUAAUAAUUUUAGAUUACACUAUUUCCCCAGUUCUACAUAAGUAAUAAAGUGAUAAAGUUUCUGCUAGAGAAGCAGCAAAAUUUGGAGGGGACAAAAAUAAAAAAUAAAUAAAUGAAUGUGGUCUUCAGCAAAAUGCAUGUCUGGCUGAGGAUAUCUGGUCAAGUGCUUAUUGAUCUGCCAGCCCAAAACAGAAGAAAAACACUCUGAGUUUCGUUUGUGGAGGGGUACCCCACAGUGUAUGAAAUGAAAACAUGAGAACUGUCAGUAAUCCAACAUGUCAUUUUGUACUGUCAUUUGUUGCCAGUGAUAUCUAAUCAAACCUGUGAGUAGUCAUGAAUGUAUGCGAUUCUAUACAAAUUAUGUGCUAUAAUUAAAUAAGCGGAUAAGAUUGUUUGCUCUUUGUAUUGACAAAAAUCUCAUUUAACCUUGGUCAAUGAUAUCAGCAAUGUGCAGUGCAGAUUAACACAGUGCCAAACAUUCAUCUGUGCAUUCAUCUGUUCAGUUUGCUGUAAGAUUUUCCAGUUUUUCAUGUUGUGGAAGAAGGUUAAAAGUGCAGGAAGAAUGUUAUAAGUGU